GCCCCGUGGAUUGUGCCCGUAGCGCCCCGCGGGAUUUAGCCAGGGAAGAGCCACCGGCCCCUCUCCCCCGGCACCCGGCGGCCGCCCCCUUCCCCGCUCUGCCCCCAGCCCGGCUGGGCUCCGGCGCGGGGCAUGAACGGCUACGGCGCCCCGUACCUGUACAUGGGCGGCCCGGUGUCCCAGCCGCCCCGGGCCCCCCUGCAGCGCACCCCCAAGUGCGCCCGCUGCCGCAACCACGGCGUGCUGUCCUGGCUGAAGGGCCACAAGCGCUACUGCCGCUUCAAGGACUGCACCUGCGAGAAGUGCAUCCUGAUCAUCGAGCGCCAGCGGGUCAUGGCCGCGCAGGUGGCGCUGCGCCGGCAGCAGGCCAACGAGAGCCUGGAGAGCCUCCUCCCGGACGCCCUGCGCGCCCUGCCCGGGCCGCCGCCGCCGCCCGCCGCCAGCGGGGACUGCGCCCCGCACAGAGCCCCCGCCGCCGCCGCCGCCGCCCUGCGCUGGGCCUCCGAGCCGCCCGCCGCCCUGCAGGCGCCGCUCCCCAAAGCAGACAUGACUGAAGAACGGUUGGGUGACGCAAGUGGAACAGAUAAUGCUGAGACCUACAGUGACAAAGACACAGACCAAAGGAGUUCCCCUGAUGUGACAAAAGCCAAAAGCUGCUUCACUCCUGAGAGCCCUGAAAUAGUGUCAGUGGACGAAGGUGGUUAUGCAGCCCAGAAAAAUGGUGGCAGCACAGAGAGCAGACCAGGUAGUCCCAAGUACCAGGUAGAACAGAAUCAUCUCCUGAUAGAAGGUCCAUCGGGGACAGUUUCUCUGCCUUUCAGUUUGAAGGCCAACAGGCCUCCUCUUGAAGUGUUAAAAAAAAUCUUCCCCAACCAAAAGCCAACUGUGCUUGAAUUAAUCUUGAAAGGUUGUGGGGGUGAUCUGGUAAGUGCUGUUGAGGUCCUUUUGUCCAGCCGAUCUUCAGUAACUGGUGGGGACAGAACUUCUACAGAAUCAGACAGUCUUGUUUUGCCUUCCAAUGGGCACAUUUUUGAACAUACACUGAGUUCAUAUCCUAUUUCCUCUUCUAAGUGGUCUGUAGGAUCAGCCUUUAGAGUUCCAGACACAUUGAGAUUCUCCACUGAUUCUAGUAGUGUUGUGCCAAAUCCUUUGGCUGUACCUUUACAGCACCCUUUCCCACAGCCACCACGAUACCCACUGAUGUUGAGGAACACUUUGGCCAGAAAUCAGUCCAGUCCUUUUCUACCUAAUGAUGUCACCUUAUGGAACACCAUGACGCUGCAGCAGCAAUACCAGCUGAGAUCCCAGUAUGUCAGCCCAUUCUCUAGUAAUUCUACCAGUGUAUUCCGAAGUUCACCUGUCCUUCCUACUCGCUCAUCAGGAGAUCCCAGGAUCUCAAUCCCUGAUGAUGGAUGUCCAAUUGUGUCUAAACAACCUAUUUAUACAGAAGAUGACUAUGAUGAAAGAUCUGAUUCUUCAGACUCUAGAAUACUCAAUACAUCAUCUUAGAAUGACACUUGACAUGUGAUAAGUAAGUGAUAUUUGCAAUUCAGCUGAACUACUGGGCAACAAGAGGAGGGACACAUUCUCUAUGAAACCCUUGCAAAUAUAUGAAAAAGUGACUUUGCUUGGUACUGUACAUUAGCAAUAAAGACAUAACUUAUUAAAUUUCUUGCACUUCACUGGAAAAUGCCAAAUAGCUAUACUCUAUGGCUUUAGUGCUGAAUGUUUAUUACAAAGGAAGAUUCUAAUGCUAAGAAUAAUUAUGGGAAAGCUGGGACUGUGGAAGAUUUAUAAUAGAACCUAAAGCUGAAGGUCUACCUUGCCCCUUAACUCAGACAACCGGGGAUGUUAAAAUAGAAUACUUGAAUGCUGUUUUAUAAGAGAGGACUCCUCAGGACAUAAGAAAUCAAAAGAACGUAGUUCAAUUGCAAAUGGACUAAGCAGGGACCUUAUAUUCUUAUGCCAAUACUUAUCCUUACAUUUAACAAAAACAAAACAACCCCCUUCUCCCCAAAAACAAAUCAAAAUGACUUACUGCACAUGAGACUAGAGUGAACUGCUUCUGUGCUGUUUAAGCUUGGACACUUUUUAGAGACAAAUAAUAUUAAGAAUUAUUCUUUUCACAUGGCUAGAUCAAAACAUGUGUAAUGUCAAUGUAAAACCAAUUACAGCUGUGAAUUGCAUGAAAUGUAUUGUGAAAUAAACACAAGAUUAAAAAUUGUCAGGUUAAUGUAGCAUGCUAAGGACUCUAGAAAAAUAAACUAAGAAGAUGAUCUUGGUUUAUGUCAUUUAUAUUUGGGCAAAGAACAUUUCUAAAGUGAGGCCCAGAGCCUCAGUUGGUGCAAAUAUGCCUUCAAUGGAGCUAGGCCAAUUUGCACCAUUUGAAGAUCUGGCCAUGAACCUGAAGCCAGUGAAUGAACAUGACUAACGGUCAAACGGUGCCCAAAUGCUG